AUGGCUCCAAUCCCUCAGACAAACGGCCUUUUGCCCACAAAUGGCAUUAAUAUCCUCGUUGUCACCGGCGCCUUCAAAGGCGAAGAUGGAACCCCCCUAACCCUUCAUCGCAUCAACAAAGAAGAGUGGUCCAAUCUUGUUCACCCAUAUCUAACACUCGGAUCGGGGGAAGUUCUUUCCCCAUCGCAUUAUCUCUCGAACGGAAACAGCCACAGUGCCCGCCGCCAGCACUACCUCCUGACGGCAACCUCACACUGUCUUGUGUCCUCGAUGAGAGCGUUGGUAACGGAAGUAGUGGCGUGGUAUAUGGGACUAAAUCUCAAGAAGCCUCCACAGUUGGUGCUGAAGAUGGGUAGACAACAGCGUUGCGCCAACCCCGCUCGCUCGGCCUGGUUCUACGAGGAUAUGGAAUGCCUCCAAGGCGUUGCCGUCCUGCGGUGCUACGGUCUCUUCUCCGCAAAGAUCCCCGCCGUGCAGCAGUCCCUCCUUCGCCCACGGAAUACGCUUCUCAGCGAGCAUGAAACACUUUACAUCCUUGUUUUGGAGAAGCUGGGUGGGAAGCUGUUGAUCAACGAGCCCAUGACUGAUGAUCUUACAAAUGAGGUGAAAAGCCUCUACCACGAGCUCACGUAUCUCGGAAUCUUGAAUUAUGAGCGGGUUCGCUGGUACAACGUCCUUCGCGCGCCGGAUUCAGAUCCGCAGGUGGGCGGCAUAGCGAGCUUGCCUUCACCAUACACGUCCAAGGUUUACAGAUGA